AUGGCUUGGUGUGAGCGCGGGGUUCAGACGCUGUUGGCCACCGUGGGCGCUUUCGCCGCCUGCAGCCUUAUGAGCAUCGCCAUCGGCACGGACUACUGGCUCUACUCGCGGGCGUACAUCUGCAACGGAACCAACGCUACAGCCGACGAGUCCCAGCCGCAGAUCAGGAGCAGGAAAGGGGACCUGACGCACUCCGGGCUUUGGAGGAUCUGUUGUAUUGAGGGCAUCAAUCAAGGCAGCUGUUACCGAAUCAACCAUUUUCCUGACGACAACGACUAUGACACGGACAGCUCGGAAUACCUGUUGCGCAUCGUACGAGCCUCCAGUGUGUUCCCAAUCCUCAGCACGGUGCUGCUCAUGCUGGGCGGCGUGUGUGUCGGAGCAGGCCGAGUCUACAGUAAGACCAACAACAUUCUCCUCAGCGCCGGCAUUCUCUUUGUAGCCGCAGGUCUGAGCAAUAUCAUCGGCAUUAUUGUGUACAUCUCGAGCAACGCGGGUGACCCCAACGACAAACGGGACGACGACAAGAAGUACACGUACUCGUACGGCUGGUCCUUCUACUUCGGUGCUCUGUCCUUCAUCGUGGCCGAAACGGUGGCCGUCCUUGCCAUCAACAUCUACAUUGAGAAGAAUAAAGAAGUGCGCUGGAGGGCGCGCCGCGACUUCAUCCGCUCCCUGUCGUCCUCAUCGCCAUACUCUCGCAUCCCUAGUUUCCGGUACCGCCGGCGGACGUCGCAGGCCAGCUCACGUUCCACUGAGGCGUCGAGGGAAAACUCGCCCGUGGCGGCACUCAAGCCAACGCCUGGCGGGCCCUUGGACGAGCUGUCCAUGUACGCUUUGGCGCGGGACAGCGUGACGGACAACGCUUACAGCCCCGAACACGAGGCGGCUGCCGACUUUCUGCAGGUGCAUAACUGUUUCCCCAAUGAUUUGAAGGAUGGAGUCAAUCGCAGGACCACGCCUGUGUGA